CUACAGCGCUGCUGCUGUCCGGCGAGUCGCAGCAGUCCGGCCACCGGCUGUGGACGAUGCGAUCCCGGGCGAGGGAUGGAACGGCAGAGCGGGGCUGGAGGUCGCCUCACCCUCAGCCUGUGGCACGGCUUGCUCGCUGCCCUCUGCGCUGCCGCCGCCUACUGCAACGGGCUGCCCGGCGAGCUGGUCCACGACGAUGUGUGGGCGAUCAUCAACAACCCCGACCUGCGAGCCUCCGCCCCGCUCCGGGGCAUCUUCUCCAACGACUUCUGGGGGAGAAGCAUGGGUGACAACAGCAGCCACAAGUCCUACCGACCACUCUGCAUUCUCACCUUCAAGUUAAACAUUCUGCUGGGCGGCAUGACCCCUCUGUAUUUCCACAUGGUCAACGUGGGCCUGCACUGCGCCGUGACAUCACUGCUGCUCCACACGUGUGACAAAGCCGUGUUCCGGGACACGCGGCCGGCGCUCCUCGCCGCGCUUCUCUUUGCUGUACAUCCUGUCCACACUGAAGCUGUAACGGGAAUCGUGGGCCGAGCUGAUGUCUUGGCUUGUGUCCUCUACCUUCUGACUUUCCUCUCCUACCUUAGGAGUGUGAAUUGCAAUGACGUUGGAGAAAGCUUUCCGCCCACCAGCUCGCCAGUCUACCUGUUGCUGAGCUUGUUCUUUGGCACCUGUGCCAUGUUGGUCAAAGAGACGGGGAUCACAGUCUUUGGAGUGUGUCUUAUCUACGACCUUCUUAUUCUGUGUUCCAAAAGACUUCUGACAAGCCUGCCAGCUGAAAGGACCAGAGGACUCCUCAAAAUCUCUGCGCCGUACCUAAAGAGAGCUGUGCUGGUAACUCUGUAUGUGCUUCUCAUCCUGUUUUUCCGAGUGUGGAUCAUGGCCGGCUCCAUGCCCAACUUCUCCGAGCAGGACAACCCAGCAUCAUUCUCCCCUCACCUCCUCACCAGGUUUCUUACCUACUCUUACCUGCUGACCUUCAAUGCCUGGCUGCUGUUGGCCCCCAUCACCCUCUGCUACGAUUGGCAAGUGGGGAGCAUCCCCCUGGUGGAGUCUCUCUGGGAUGGGCGCAAUGUGGCGACUGUGGUGUUUGGUCUGGCCAUGGUCCUUCUGACUCGCAACUGCCUCCUCUCUCUACUGAAACAGGAGCACAGAGAGGUUUUAGUGGGCCUGCUUUUCCUGGUCUUCCCAUUCAUCCCGGCCAGCAACCUAUUUUUCCGCGUGGGGUUUGUGGUGGCGGAGCGGGUACUCUACAUGCCCAGCAUGGGCUACUGCAUCCUUGUGGCCCACGGGUUGAACCGACUGUGUGGAGUCCUCAGUAGAUGGGGAGCCAGUGUGGUCACAGUGUCCACCUUGCUCGUGCUUGGACUGUUCUUCUGGAAGACUCUGCGGCAGAAUGAAGUGUGGCUCUCCAGAGAAGCCCUGUUCAGAUCUGGAGUUCAGACUUUGCCCCUGAAUGCCAAGGUGCACUACAACUAUGCCAAUUUCCUGAAAGACCACGGUCGCUAUGACGAAGCAGUAUAUCACUACAAAACCGCUCUGAGGCUCUACCCUCGACACGCCAGUGCGCUGAAUAAUCUUGGCACCUUGACCAAGGACGUGCCAGAGGCAGAAGACCAUUACAGACAGGCCUUGAAGCUGAACCCCCAACAUAACCGAGCUCUCUUCAAUCUGGGCAACCUGCUAAAAUCUCAGAAGAAGCUGCUUGAGGCUGAACAGCUACUGCGUGACUCUGUCAGGUCUGGUCCUCAGUUUGCAGAUGCCUACUCCAGCCUUGCAGCUCUGCUGGCUGAACAGGAGCGAUUUGAAGAGGCUGAUGACAUCUAUACAAGAGGCGUUGAAAAUUGCCCUGAGAAUUCAGAUCUACACAACAACUAUGGUGUCUUCUUAGUCGAUAGAGGAGAUGGGAAGACGGCCUCUGGCCACUACCUUCAUGCCAUCCGGUUAAACCCCAAACACUAUGUGGCCAUGUUGAAUCUCGGCCGGCUGCUGCGGUCCGCCAACAAGAACAAAGAGGCGGAAACAUGGUACAAACGGGCACUCAACGUUACACGGACCGUGGAUGUCCUGUCUCCACUGGGAGCUCUGUACUACAACACAGGGAGAUAUGAGGAAGCCCUUCAGAUCUACAAAGAGGCGAUCUCAAUGCAGCCAAAAAACAGCGAGUUGCAACUGGCAGUGGCUCAGGUCCUGUCCGUGGCCGGCAGACCCAGGGAUGCCGAGAGGAUCAUCAACCAGGUGGCAAGUGAAAGGAGCAACUGCCUGGAGUGUCAGCGUCUCUUGUCGGUCAUCCACAGUAAAAGUGGGAACUUGAAAGAGGCACUUGAAGCUGUGAAAAAAGCCGUCCAAAUGAAGACCAAAGACCCAAAAGUGCUUGCAGAGCUAUAUUUUUCUGAAGGAAAUCUUCUGAGGGAGCUGAACAGGCUUGAUGUGGCCUUUGAGAGCUACAAGCAGGCAGUAGAGCUGAGCCCAGAUCUGUCUCAGGCUUGGAUGAACAUGGGCGGCAUCCGGCACAUAAAGGGGGACUACGUUGCAGCACGGGGCUACUACGAGAAAGCCCUGGAGCUUGUACCAAACAGCAAGAUUCUGCGAGAAAACCUCAGCAAACUGGACCGCCUGGAGAAGAAGUUGCAAGAGGACAGGAGGGUGGAGCAGAGCGCUGGAGACCAAGGCACAAGUUGACAGAGGACGCUGGCUCUCCACUUUUACAUGGCACGACAAGAGAUGACGGUAUUUUGGUGCUCCUUGGGAUGCCCAAGAUGACUGAAACGAGCAAGGAAUCGGUCUAGAUGAAGAAAACAGGGAGGUAUCGAUUGUGUUACAGCUGGCAUCUGCCGAGACUGAUACACAACCAAAAACCUACACUGCAUUUGGGAAUUACAAGCAUCUGCACUUUGGGAUUCACCUUCACAACCUCUUUUGUUUGGUGAAGCUCAACAUGACAAAGCAACUCUGAAAUUUAAUGCAGAACCAUUCAAAUGAGCCUUCCUUUCAAUGGCUCUUGUGUGUAUUGAGUGGCAGAUUCUGACUGUCUAAUACAAUACCUAGAAGGAAAAUUUAUCAAAUGAAAUCAGGUCGGAAUCUAGCUAAAAGUGAAGAAAUCCACUCUAGAUUUUUUUUUCCUCCUUAUAUCAAACCGAGCUAGCAAAAUGUCUGAGGCUUUCUAACUCCUUAUGUGGCGUAAUCUUACCAGUCGUUGUGAAUAGCAUGCAAUGAAAACAGUCAGGGCACAGUGUUGAUCACAAUGCAUUGGAUAUUGAUUGCAGUGUACAGUGUGUCUGUGUUAACUCUCAGAUCGUUUUCUUGUUUGAGAAAGUCAACAUGAAAUGUUAGCAGUGAGAUCCGAGAGCAGACGCUAGUGAGGUGGAUCACAAAGGCAGCAAAGGGCAAGUUUUGUUUCAAGAGUGAAAAUAGGGAGCCUGCUUGCUGUGGUAAUGGUAUCCAUAGAUUAGAGUGCUUAUCUGAUGCUGUGGAGCUGAGGCUGUGGGCCAUUAACUUAAUGUCAGCACUUAGAUAUAUGGCAGUAUGUAUAUGGGAGUGUCUGAGUCCUGCUUAAUGCAGGAAUAGAUCAAUUUGACAGUUACUAGGAGUACCAUCCUGAUAGGCACUGAGGGAGACAACCCUUGUAUCGUGGAAGCUAAAAUGCAGAAACUGAUGGGUCACCCUGGAUAAAUGUGUAAUAGCAAACCAAAUGGUCUUCCUGAUCUUACCUGCCUUUGAGACAGGGGACCACAAUAUCAGAUUGUUCACUCUUACAGUGGCAGAGCUCUUAUGGAUGUUACUACUUCUGUGUUGUCUUGCCAGUUUGAGCUUUCUCUCGCUGAACACGCAGAAAGAAAUAUUAAUUAUUAAUUUAAAUUUAAAGAAACAUGCCUUGGGAACUUGCCACCUCGAUCGGAUUAACUACCAUCCAGGUACUGCUGACCAUUCUGUCUGUUCAUGCAGAGUCAUGCUUGUUGGCAUGAGAUUCAUCUUGCAUGGUUUGGUGUUUACCAUCUUCAUUGCUCUCCAGUAUCUCACACUGGGAGUGUGCACCUAGGUUAGUGUAUGUAGACGGGGUCGACAGCAGAGAUAAUUUCUUAAACCUUGUAUGGGCAAAGGGCUAGUUGUCCCUAAAGUACGUGAUGUCCAUAGAACGGCUAAUGGCCGGCAGGUUAACAAUGGAAAAUGAAACUGGCCGAACUUGUUUUAUUAAAAGGGGGAAAAGUUUACCGGGCCUAGAUAUCUUGUGGAAAAUUAGAGGCAUCUCGCGUGGAGUUGUAUAGGUCUGUUUCCAAUUUUUUUUUUUGGACAAGUAUUGGGAAAAUGGAAAAUUUGGUUCUGAUGUCUUUGGUUCUUUGAGUGAUGCUUUUCCGUACGGUUCAAAACUGGAAUGUUAUGCUUAGUUUAGGGAUGCGCGCAGUGGCAUUGUGUAGGUGAACAGUGUUUGUGGGUCUCCAGGCUUCAUGCCUCCCCCCCCUCCCUUCACCCAUCCAUCAGUUGCAAGCUUUUCCCCACACUUGGUCCUCCAGUCACUGGGAAUUGGCGUCUCAGGCCCCCCCCUCACUAUCUGAUCUACAAAUACAUGCACGUUUACCGGAAGUCAAAUCAACCAUUCGUACAAGAGCACAUCAUGUAAUUGUAAUGUCGUGACGUUACCGAAGUGGCAACUAUAGAAAAAAAUAAUCAAUUGGCAGGUGAACAAAUAAUGACUAUUGUGGGGUCAUGUGGAAGUUAGAUUUCUUACUUAAUAUGAAAGUGGUGACCCAUGAUCCCUGUCAUUAGACGUAUUAUACUGCAAAUCUCUCAUGUAUUUCUAUUUUUACAUAAGAUGUAUAAUUUAUUUAUAAAAAAUAUUAAAGCCAUAAUAUAUUUAA